AGAGAUGGGAAUUAGGUUUCGUAACAGCUGGGCAAGCUGCUGUGCUACACUUUGUCUCCAUUACCACCGAGUCGUAAAACAGAAAAGAGGAAAGAGGCGGAAGAAAUCGCAGGUGCGUGCCGCCGAGAGUCAAAGCGAAAGCGAAACCGCACGCAGAACGUAAGGCCGAAGAGAGGGUUCUACUAUCUGCUAUCCUCAUUCCAUAAUCACAAACCCUAACUCAUUUUUUUUUCUUUUAAUCUCAUUUUCUAGGUUCUUUAAUUUUUAUUUUUUGAAUCAAUUUUCGUCGAUAAUCUUCACUGUGUUGUUAAUUUAUCCGUGGAUUUACUUAUCUACGUUUAUGCUUAUACACUGAUCAUUCAUCUGUCUGUCUCUCUGAAACUGCAAACCCUAAUCGGCAAUGGUUACCACCACCGUUGAUUCAUCCUCUAAUCAUCACACACCUUCUGGUGCUGCCGAUACCUAUAACUUCCCGCGAAAAAAUCUGCCAUCUCCGUGGGCCCAGGUGGUUCGCGGUGCCGAUUCUGAACCUAACCAUCAAUCACCGCCUUCUUCUUCCUCUUCAUCUUCCCUCGAUUCUGUUAAUUCUAGCGGUCCUGCAGCUGAUGCCGUUGAUGCCGCCGUGAAACCUGUGUGGAAGAGACCGUCCAAUGACGUCGCGGAAAUUGGGCCUGUAAUGGGCGCAAUCUCUUGGCCCGCUUUAUCCGAGUCCACCAAGCCCACUCCUAAAUUGAUAUCUGACUCCAUCGACGAUGAAUCACUCACCCCUCCUAAGGGUCCUGUUGUUUCAGACUCUCCUCAGAAACAAGCUUCUGAUAAUGUGAAACCUAGUCCUGCAAUAAACCAUGGUUUGGGUAAUAGGCAAAGGUCAAUGAAGCGUGGAGGGGCAAAUGGCAAUAAUGUUGGCUAUGGUCCUGUUCAGAACAACUUCUCUGGCGCUUCUCCUCAUUUUCCUCCUCCACCACCACCCUUUCCCGUGCUUCAGAUUCCUCCAAAUUCAUUUGCACAUGGAUUACCCGGGGUUCCAGUUCCUUCUCCGAGAGAACCUUACAGGAACAAAAACUGGGAUACGAGGCCUCCGAUUGGAGGGUUUAUCCCGUCAAUGAAUGAGAAUCGGAGUCCCUCUCGCCGGGGUAAUGCUGGACAUCAUCCACGUGGAGAUGGAUCCUAUCACAACAGUUAUGGCAACAGGCGUGAUCAGGAUCGUGGAGGUUAUGCAAAUACCAGAGAUACUCAUGUAAAUCAUCAGAGGAUGCCUCCAAGGGGAUUAAUGAGGCCUCCGCCGCCAAAUCCUGCUUCAUUUAUGGGGCCUCAGCCUAUGCGACCCUUUGCAAACCCUCCCGGGUUUCCUGAAUUCUAUUAUUUCCCAACACUACAAUUUGAACCCUUUGGGGGCAUGCCGUUUUUAACACAUGCACCUCCUCCUGCAAUGUUCUUCCCGGUUGCCGAAACCCCUCUCGCCAGUACAAUAGUCAACCAAAUUGAUUAUUAUUUUAGUGAUGCUAAUUUAGUGAGGGAUGAGUAUUUAAGGUCCAACAUGGAUGAACAAGGAUGGGUUCCUAUUUCUUUGAUUGCAAGCUUCCCACGUGUUAGAAGUUUGACAAGCAACAUUAAGUUGAUACUGGAAUCGUUGAGAGCUUCCACUGUCGUCGAAGUGCAGGGUGACAAGUUGAGGAGGCGUAAUGAGUGGACCAAGUGACGUACCUCUACUAAACUUUGAACCAACUCUGGUUCAAUGUCCCCCAUCAUAUCCAGUUCUAAUAACCUAGCAUUUGAAAAGAUUACAGUAGAUGAAGCUAUUACAGGUAAAGUUAAUGUUGAGCCUACCGCAAAUGAUGAUUAUGGAGAUUCCCUUACUCAGUUCAAAAGUCCCAAAUGGCGAUGAGCAUCAAUUAUAAACUACGCUCAGUUUAUCCACCCCAUCCCAAAAUACUGGGCCAAUUCUAUUUCUGGCCCAGUGUGACUCUUUAUUUUGAAAGGGUUUUUUUUAGAGGGAUGAUAGUGUAGGUUGUUUGGAAGUUUGAUUCCUUUUCUACAGUGACAGGUAGAUUUUGGUAGCAAGUGAAUGAAACAGGGAGAGAAAUAUGAAUUCUUCGGAAUUAUUAUUAUGGUCUUAAGAGAAGAAAAGAAAGUUAAUGGGACAAGAAAUCAAGAAUUUUGAUGGAGGUAACUUGAACGAAUUUUUUAUUUCGGUUUGUACAACUUUAAAUUUGUUGCGGCUGAAUUAUUUUUUAUUUUCUGGUGGUAUAUGUGGGUAUUUAUGUUUUUUAAUGAAUUGAACUGAGUUGACUUGAAAUCGUGCUAUUAUGUUGCCCUUAU